AUGAGGGCCCAGCUGCUGUGGCUGCUGCCUCUGCUCCUGCUGGGCUGCCCCGCCCAGGCGCUGCGCUGUCACCAGUGCUCCGGGAAGGAUAACUGCCUCCAGCCCACCGCCUGCCAGGCCGACACCCGCUACUGCCUGACCACCUGGAACAGUCCCCCAGGCCAGAAGAGAACGAACGUUAUCAAGGCCUGUGCGUACACCUGCCCGGGCGUCCAGGAGAGCCUGGCCUACUCCAGGGCCUCCUGCUGCAACUCGGACCUCUGCAACGGCGCCGCGCGCGCCCGCCUCAGCUGGGGGCUGCUGGCCCUGGGCCUCUGCUGCGUCUACCUGGGCAGGUAG